UGGCAAUGGUUGAAUCAAAACAAGAAGCUAUCUCUAAUGGAAAAGCAGCAUUCAUACCAAGGAACAACACUACCAGAACAAAGCUUCAAUGGCAACCUUACUCCCUCCUCUGCAUGGCAUGCAAAACCUUAACCACCACCUUCAUCAUCUUAAGCAUCAUGGCACUCAUCUUCUGGCUUGUUUUCCUGCCUGAAGAUCUCAAAGUCCACGUGGAAAGUGCAUCAUUAACAAGGUUUGAACUCUCUCAAAACCACACUCUUUACUACAACUUCUCCUUUCAAAUGAGCUUAAGGAAUCCAAACAAGAAGCUUGGCAUCCAUUACAAACAUAUUCAAGUCAAUGCCUUGUAUGGAGAUUCAAGGUUUGGGUUCCAAGUCUUGUCUAAACUUCACCAAAGCCAUAAGAGCACCAUGAUGAUAAGUCCUGUGUUUAGAGGCCAAGCUUUGUUGAUUGUAAACUCUAGCAUGGAUACAUUUGCAAGGGAGAAGGAGAAAGGCUUCUUUUAUAUUGGUUUGAAGCUCUAUACAAAGAUCAAGUUGAAGAUGCUUGUGUUUAAUAGUAUUGAAUACCGGCCGGACAUUGAUUGCUAUUUGAGGCUUCCGGUGCCCGGCACUGUCACCGGCGCUGCCGGUGGCUUCAUGAGGACUAGAUGUGAUGCUCAAGGUUUCUCUUGAUACUCUUAAUUUGUUGAUUAAAUAGAGAACAAUGAGAUAAGACAUAGAAAUUAAAGAGUCUUGUUUAUUGUACGUUUAUGUGAUUGAGGAAAUUAUUCAAUUUCUCAUGUAUGUAUGUAUGUAUGU